CUCGUACUGUUCUGGGCUGUUGUCUUGUGGCCUUGACGAGUGUUGAUGUCGUGAUGGGUAAUGGAAAACAACACGUUAUGGACGUUGAAUGAUCGUAAUUAAACGUGGGAGGUUGAAAGGUUCCUCUUGAGUGCUGGGGUGAGGGGCGGGCAGGAUGGGCAAACUAUUAAGUAAGAUUUUUGGCAACAAAGAGAUUCAUAUCUUGAUGUUGGGGUUAGAUGCAGCCGGCAAGACCACCAUCCUCUACAAGCUCAAGCUGGCCACCUUAGUCACCACCAUACCGACCGUGGGGUUCAAUGUUGAGACGGUCGCCUAUAAGAAUGUCAAGUUCAAUGUUUGGGACGUUGGUGGUCAGGACAAGAUCCGGCCACUAUGGAGACACUACUACACCGGCACACAAGGCCUCAUCUACGACUGUGCUGACCGGGACCGAGUCGACGAGGCCAGACAGGAACUUCACCGCAUCAUCAACGACCUAGAGAUGAGGGACGCCAUCAUAUUGGUCUUUGCCAACAAGCAGGACCUACCUGAUGCAAUGAAGCCUCAUGAAAUUCAAGAGAAAUUAGGUUUAACAAGAAUUCGUGACCGUAACUGGUACGUCCAGCCGUGCUGCGCCACAACGGGUGACGGACUUUACGAGGGCCUCACAUGGCUCACCAGCAACCACAAAUCAUGAUGAUCGGGCGGGGCUUCCUGCUCUUAGCUUCCAAAGUUAGCACGGUGGUCAGAGAUGGUGCCCGGGCUUGUGACAGAUGACAAAUGGAACUAGAAAAAAUAUUACUGUUGUUGGAUUUUAAACGGAGAGUGCGCCGUAGCCACGUUCAGCGGAGAGUGCGUUAUAACCACUUUCAGCGGAGAGUGCGUUAUAGCCACAUUCAGCAGAGAGUGCGUUAUAGCCACAUUCCAGAUACUACUGGAAUGGUUACAUACGGUAUACAAGGCCCACAAAAACUGUCGCAAGUGACCCAGUGCAAAAGACUCGGUGAUCCUCGGAUACAGCAUGUGUGUGUGCGUGUGUGUGUGUGUGUGUGCGUGUGUGUGUGCGUGCGUGCAUGCGUGUGUGUGUGAGGCCUUAAACUCAAAAUAGCUAAGACAUCACACAGACAAACUUGUGUGCUUUUUACGACCAUAAUGAACAAAUUGUGCGUAUAGGAAAACCGAACUCUUCGAUUACAGGACACGGAUUGUCAAGUUUUCGGGAACCCUGAUGGGCGACGUCUCCGGCUGCCAAGUGUGAAUUAAAACAAAAGAAGAGAAAAAAGAGUUAGCUUGUAAUCUACAGAAUAUCUUAUGAGUGUUAAGGUUUAUCUAUCCUUUAUCUCUUUAUUUAAGUAUUAAUUUGUCAACAAAAGACUGCCAAAUGGUUAGAUGAUCUCUCUUAGCCCACAGUAAGUAGGAAGAUUCUCUAUAUUUUUUAUUGUUUCAUGUAGUUACUGUACACUCCUGCUAAGUGUUUAUGGAGACGAUGACUUUUGUUUACAAGUUCUCAAUUAAAACCAAACAAAAUGAACUUUUUCAAUUUACGCUGUACCAUAAAAGCCUCAUUAAUGCAAGUGAUCGUAUCAACCAGAAUCAUGAUUGUCCAGGAUAUGUGAAUGAGAGAGUUUUUGAUAUGACCAGUUUUAAAUGAGUGAACUACUACUACCACUACCUAAUGUAUAUGUGUACAGCUGAGACACACACACACACACACACACACACACACACACACAGCACACACACACACACACACACACACACACACACACACACACACACACACACACACAAGUAUCAAAGGUUCUGUUCUGUGGAGUCAUUUAAGGUUGUGGUUUUAAGUUUUUUUUUAAUCCCUGUAUAACAAAGGUACUGAGGCAUGCUAGCUACAAUGGUGCAUACACUAAUCUCGAUGUUUGUAGUAUUUUUUCACCCAGGGCCUCAUUAAGAACCAGCUUAGAUAAUCUUUCAGCUAUUUUUACACCUCUUCUUCCUGUGCACAAAGACUUAGCUCGAGCACUGCAUUCUUAAUUUUAAUGUACAUAGGAUCUGUUGUGCUCUCCGGACACGGGAGAGCCGCUCAAGAUGCCGUACUGACACGUGUCUUGGGGGUUCAGAGCCAAGGGUCCGCGCUGGACUUCACAUCGGGGGUUCAAUCAUUUUCACAUUGUAUAGGUUCAUGCAUAUUUAAUGUGUGCGUCAAGAUGUGAAUAUACUUGUGUGGGGGAUAGUUCAUUUUUUACACUGAAUGUAGCUUGACUCUGUAUAUACUAUAUAUAUAUAUAUAUAACAUUAAAACACAUGUAGUUGGUGCAUGAGUCGCUUCUGUGUAAAUGUAGGCUUCCAGAUGCUACUGAAAAUUGUGGACUUGUUUCUUUCUCUAAUUUUUUGGCUUUUUGUGCAUAAUGGUACUUGCUUUCAGUUAGGUGAUCAUCUUGUGUGUGUGUGUGUGUGUGAUAGGAGGGUUUAGCGGCGGUAGAGCAGCGUCUGUUACCAGCAUACUGUUGGACGAUAAUCUUAUUUUGCACUUCAUUUAAAAAGCCGCUGAGGUUUGAUGUAAGUUGUACAUUCUGACUGGUUAAAAAGAAGUGUCAUGAGGUGAGAUGCAAUCAGAGUCAAGUGACACAGUCCUCAGGUGUCAUAAGGUAAAAUAUAAUCAGAAUCCAUUGACACGAUCAUCUGGUGUCGCGAGGCGAGAUGUAAUCCGAGUUAAGUGAGACACAGUCCUCAUACAUCCAUGUAGUUAGGCUUUAAAGUGAGUGAUGGUGUGUGAAUGGGAGUGUAUGUGACUUUAAGCAUAGGAUCAAAUCAGGUCACAAAAGCAGUAUGUACAGUACAUAGCUGUUUGUGAGGGAGGAGCAUAUAUUUGGUACACCAUCUCUUUUACUGUUUAUUUGGCGGAACAAUAUUAUCAACUGUGUCGGUUUCUUUCUUUUUUCUUUUUAAACUUUUGUUGGGUUUAAAAGUUAAAGUCAUGAACAAAAGACCAGUCGCCUCUUGUAAACCACGAACCCCGACAUUUAGACUCGUGAAUCCGAAGCAAAUAUUUAUGGACAGACUAAUGCAUCGGUGUCUACUGCUUUGGGCUCACGAAUCUGAAUCUCGGGGUUCAUGGAGCAGCAGGAGUGGUGAAGACCUUUUAUGGGUGACUGUACAGCAAGACAUACACGGGGACAGUUUAUAGCCAUAGCACAAUGUUUCUUGUCGUGAAUUACACCUCUGGCUACACCGUGCGACAAAUGAACACAUACUACAUGAUAUAUGGUGAUAGACUAUGUUGUAGUCAAUUUUUUUUUAUGUUAACUGUGUAAAUGAAAUGGUUAUGUAUUUACAGUGUGGCCAGAAGACCUGUACUGUGCAGUAGUUCCAUGAUGUACUACACCUUUGAUGAAAGCCACACCCAGUCUUGACCAUUAGUGACACACUGGCAACACUGUGUGCUCUCUGGGCUACUUGUAUUUUUAUAUGAUGAAUAUUUGCGUCGCCAUACAGACCAAAGUUACGUCCUUAUGAUGCCCUUCAGUACCACAAUGAGACAUCUUUGUAUCUUAAUUUCUUUGUAUGUUUUGGUUUGGUGUUAAUAAUAGUAAUACAGUAAUAACAUUUUUGGCCUAUCACGAUAUUUAAACCCCAUUGCAUUUUGAACUUAUUAUUGGGAAGUGAUGCAAACCAACUCUCGCCACACACAACAUUCCCACAUCAACACUAUGACUCGUGGCUGUGGGUCACGUGCAAGACUUACCGAGUGAUCCAAGUUGAGGUGCGGUACUCGGAAAGUGGCGUUGUUGAAAAUACACGCCAACGUUUUAGCGUUGCCUUCCGCUCCUCGCGACACAGUGCACUCGCUACCCACCUGCAAACAUUAGCUGUCUUAGAUACAUACAGUAGUAGGAAAACAAUGGGGUGGUUAGAAGUACAUUACAAUAUAUAUUAAAUAUAUAUUGGAAUAUUUUGUAUUGAGUUUACACCAUUUCUUAAAUUCUUUUCCAAAUAUGUGCCUAACUGCUAGCAUCGUCGCCGUACUUGAAUGAAGCCAACACAGGUCCAGUCGAUAUUACUACAAAAUUAUCUUGAAUUCAAAUCUUCUCCGAAUUCGGCCAAAUUUUAUGAUUCUCGCUGAACUCUUUAAAGCUUUUGGGGAGUUUACAGUAAAAUAUCAAACAUGGUAAAUUGUGUCAAGGGUUUUUAAUGUUGUUUAAUAUUUCCAUAAACUUGCAUUAACUGAUCCAUUUGGAGAGAUGCACAAUUGUAAAAGGAGGAUAUUUUGUAUCGGUUUCCUCCAUUAGUGUUUGUUGAGUAUUACAGUACAUGUAUUUUGAUAUUGUAUAUAUAUAAGGUACAGUACGUAUUAGGCGUUUAGAAGAGCAAGGGCGUAUGUCGGAAUAUCUCGACUCGGCUCAAAAUAUCCAGGCAGUUCUUCAGGUUUUCUGCCCCCCCUAAUCUUAAGGGGAUUGUACCAUGCUGCAGACGUUACCCACGUUCCCCGACACUAUUAACUGAGGAGAGGAACUCCAGGGGCUAUAUUGACUGACAUAGAAAAUGGAGAAUUGGUAGAGCCGGUAAUACGCCCUUGGUAUUGUAGACGCCUCAGUAUGUGGUCCUGGUGUGCUCACAGACCUUAACUCUGAUGAAGGGAAGAAGAAGAAGGUGCAUAAUUAAUCAUUCUUUCAGUAACAUGAGCCCUACAGCGGAACCUCUAUAUAACGAACUUAACAUGUGAAUGGUUAGUUUAUUAGAUAGAAGUCCGUUAAAUAUGAAACCCCCUUAUGAUGGACUAUUGUGCGAGAGGUUAGUCCUUUAAGAUCGAAAACAGUAAUAUGGAGGUUUCACUGUAUUUAGUAAGGGAAUUGUGUGUGUGUGUGUGUGUGUGUGAGAGAGAGAGAGAGGUUUUCAUCUAUAUCGAGGACGUGUUUGUCGCCCCUCGUGAGUCCUCCUUGACACGUGAUGUGAUUGUGGUGGCGUGAGCAUCGUUGGGCACCUGUGUCCUGUCAGUGUUGAUUGUCGGAUUAAGGAAAGUGAACGGUUAAUGUGGGAGGACUUGAACAAAUUGUAUCUUAGUUAAGUUAAAAAGUUUAUUGAUGUAAAUUAUGAUGAAUUCCUCUUUGUCAGCUUUUACAGUGAAUUAUAUACUGUACUGUAUACCUGUGUUAAUUUUGGGGGGGGGGGGAUCAUCAUGUAUUGACAGAUGGUGAGAUUUUUAGAUUGGAAGCCAUUGGUGUUUAAGGGGAAUGUUGUCACACCCCAGUGGCCCAGAAUCAAUGCAGGGUUACCAGGCAGAGUAAUAAAAGACAUAUUAAUUAUUGUGUACACUGAACUGGUCAAGCUGCCAUCCAGAGACUCAGUCACCUCACUCUAGGCAAAAAAACUGCAUAAAUUUGUGACCAACUUUAUAUAUUUUUUUGAGUUUGUUCAUAGUUUGAUUGAUGAGAUCCAUUUUUAUCCAUCUGUGCAGUUUGAUUUAUUCUGUAGUUUUAAGACUGGGACUUUAUGAAAACCUGUUCUGUAUCCCAGGUGUUGAGGAGAGAUGUCUGCUGAGUUGUGUAUUUUACUGUACUCAUAUUAGCUAUCAACAUUAUUGUCAUACUGAUCAUGUUUUAAGCAGUGUAGUUGAUGGAGGAGGUGUUGUCCUGUUUUGUUUUGUAUGUGAAGCGAUGCAGUGUCGUGGGUUACAGCGGUAGAUCAUAACUCCUGCAGUGAUCCACAUCUUAUAGUACCUGUUUCAAAAGUGUGCAUGGUACUGUAUGUAUUAAGCUGAAGGUGAAUAUACUACUACAUUAUUUCCUUGAUUGUUGACAAGUGAGAGGUUCAUGUCACAGGAUGCCGUCUUAUAUAAUAUAAUAUAUAUAUAUAUAUAUAAAUAUAUAUAUAUAAUGUAUACAGUCUGUAGAAAAUAACAAUCAUGAAAUUUUUUUGUGAAUAUCAAAGGUUUUUUAUUUAUUUUUUUGGUUUUGACUAAGUAUGAUGUAUAUUUUAUUUACCACUUUAUUAUCGAUGUUUCCCAGUGUAAAUUAAAAUGAUGGAGUUGAAGAGAGACCAACAGAGUAUAAUAAUAACAAUAAUAAUAUAACAUUUCAAACUUGUGAUGAGUUUGUUGUUUUUGUUUUACUGUUCACCGAGGAUAAUUAUAAUGUAAUGUAUAUAAUCUCCAAACACCUCGAGAGAUUUCCCCAGGUCCUGUACUCGGUCUCUUAAUCACACCGAUGAAGAAAAUAAAAAUAUAUAUAUAUAUAAACAGUAUAUAUACACCAUCUUGUAGACUCCAUUUCACCAAAGUCAUAGCUCAACUUAUGCACAGUUUUGGGAAUAAUAAAAAAAAAUUAACUAGAAUUUUUUUGGUGUGUACAUAACAGUUGUAUGUUUCUAUUUCAUUUUGUAAAUAUGAAAACAAGAAUUUUUUUUUCGCCUCGUUGUGUGUAUAUUAUUUUUGUUGUGUUCUUUGGAUGGUCUUACGUAUUGCAGGAAGUGUGAGUCGUGUACUGUAUUAUUUGGGGUGAGUGUUUUUUUUUUUUUUUCAGGACACAGUUGUACUUUACUUUACUUUUCAGAGUACUGUAGUGGUUUGAAUGAGUGAGUGUGUGUUUCCUGUUGUCCUCAUUGAUGGCUGUUUGAGUGUAUAGGAGAGUGUUUCCCGUUGGCUGCUCAAGUGUAUGAGAGAGAGCGCGUGUUUUCUGAUGUCCUUAUUGAUGGCUGCUCGAAUGAAUGUGCUGACCGACUCACUGACCGCGUUGUGGUUCUGAAUAUCAUUAACAAAAUCAAAGCAGCUGAGGUAGGGUAUUACAAAUCCCACCUGCUACUUCUGCUGUGUCCAUAUCAGGAAGCUUAAUAAAGGUACCGAGGACAAUGGUGGUGAUGAUGAUGACUCCGGAAGAUGUUUUAAAAUCACCGAGCUGUUGCUGCAUAAUGUCCCCAGUCAGCCAAGAUGGUGUUGAUUCUACGCCUUACUGUGUUGUGAUUCGUAUUUUUCUCUCUUUUUCUCUCCUUCCUCCCUCUCCCCCUUUAUCUCUUUCCUCUCUUUUUCUCAUUCCUCCUCCUCCUCCCUCUUUCUUUCCUUCCUACCUAUCCCUUUCUCUUUUCCGUCUCUCCUAAUCUUAUAACACAGUAAAACUAAUCAACUGUCAUAGUGAAAUUGCUCUAACACAGAUUACACCGGAGUGGUCGUAUAGUGUGGAGUGACCAGUGAGAUAGAUCAGCAGUGACUCGCAGUGUAUCAAGUCUCACGUAGAAAUACUUAUUCAACACCGAUAUUUUUGUUCCUUUAAAUCUUUUUUCCUGGUAUUUAAUGUUGUGAUAUUGUAUUAAAUUUUGGUAGGCAUCAUACAAUAGGUGUCCUUAUAUAUAAAUAUGAUUAUAGCUAAAAAGAAUAUGAUGGAGAAAUGAAUUGUAUUUCAUUGUUUCUUCAAAUUUAAAAAUGUUUUUGUAUUGCACGUUUUCUUUAUGCUUGCUUGUAUGAAUGUUCCAAGCUUAGUGUAUGUGGGAGAGAUGAUAGGUGUAUGUCAAAAGGGGUGAAAAUGUUAACUUAAAAGUGUACAUAGCCAGAAUUUCAAAGACAGAUACACACAGACGCAUAGUACUUUGCUUACAGAUUGUGUAUUAUCAGAUGUUCUUGAAAUAAUAAGAUAAAAUAGAAUAAAAAAAUUGUCUAUCAGGAAGUCAUUUGCAACAAGGACCAUCCUGGUUCAUUUCCAAGUGUCACUAAUGAAUAUAUGAAUUAAAUUUUAUGGUGAAAAU